UACCCGCCUCGUGUUGUUUGGCUGGGACUGGACGCGGAAGGACUGAGCCGGCAGAACACCGGUCCUCCAGACCCGGCAUGACCCAGACCAGGUACCGCCAACAUGACGGUCCUGUCCCACCUGCGAGCCUGCUGGAAGGACUACGGAGGAAUCAUGUCUGCUCUGGGCUCCGACUCCUGGUGGAGGAAGACCCUGUACAUCACCGGGGGAGCCCUGCUGGCGGCUGCAGCCUACCUGCUGCACGAGCUGCUCGCCAUCAGAAAAGAGCAGGAACUGGACUCUCAAGAUGCCAUCAUCCUCCAUCAGUUCUCAAGACCAAAGAAUGGCGUUCCCAGCCUCUCCCCAUUCUGCCUCAAGAUAGAGACGUACCUGCGCAUGGUGGAUCUGCCUUACCAGAACUACUUUGACGGGAAGCUGUCACCGCAGGGAAAGAUGCCGUGGAUGGAGUACAACUAUGAGCAGGUGUCGGGAUCAGAAUUCAUCGUGGAUUUCCUGGAGGAGAAGCUGGGGGUGAACCUGAACAAGAACCUCACCCCGCAGGAGAGAGCCGUGUCCCGGGCCGUCACCAAGAUGGUGGAGGAGCACCUCUACUGGACGAUAGCCUACUGCCAGUGGGUGGAUAACCUGGAGGAAACUCAGAAGCUGCUGGCCAUGAGCGGUCCUCUGAGCGACACGCUGAAGUGGCUGCUGAGCCACCUGAACGGCAGCAUGGUGCGCAGGGAGAUGUACGGCCACGGCAUUGGACGCUUCUCUAAGGAGGAGGUCUACGCCCUGAUGGAGAAGGAUAUGAGGACGCUGGCCACGUUGCUAGGUGAUAAGAAAUACUUUAUGGGCUCCAAGAUGUCUACAUUAGACGCAACUGUGUUUGGGCACCUCGCUCAAGCCAUGUGGACUCUACCUGGGACCCGGCCAGAGCAACUUAUUAAAGGAGAGCUGAUCAACCUGGCCAUGUUCUGCGAGCGGAUGCGGAGGAGGUUCUGGCCCGAGUGGUUCGUGGAGGUGGACGAUGUUUAUUACGACGGCGACAGCGAGAGCAGCAGCGGCGGCGGCUCCGGCGCAGGCCAGCUUGACUUUGGCCUGUUCUCCAGGACUGACACGCUGGAGGACUGUGACAGCAGCAGCCACUCUGCCGGCCACUCGCACACUCCCAGCCCCGACUCCGACCACUCGCUCUUCGACUCGGACGUCGGCACGGGCUCUGACAAUGACACUCAGCUCAAAGAGGACGCCAUGCCAGAUCUCGAGGUUUGAUUCACGUCUGGCUGACCCAUUAAGACGAGCAGGAUAGUCAACGUCCCCGGGCUGCCGUGUGGUUUUUUCCUGAUUAAAUCUGGCUGGAACAACCCGUCCAGACGACAGCUUGUACAUCUGGAGAAACUGUUCCAGCUUCUCCACCGUCAAUACCCAGCAUGUUACAACUUCCUAACAGAGGGACUGGGUGUUUAUAUGCAGAGGAUGCAAACUGAACCUCAUAACAAUACACAUGCUACUGUACGGUCUGUCCCCUCCUGUGUUGUCAGAACUGUCCCCGCGGCGGUUCCUCUUUGCCUUAUUUAUCUCGUCCUCAGAUACAGAUAUUGUAGAAGACGUAAAUGUGUGAUUUCAUGAAAAGGGCAGCGAAGGAUUGGAAGAUGUGUUGUAGACAAGACAGGUGGCACUUCACUUGCUAUGAAAUGAUCCAACUAAUCACCCUUCUGCCAUGUGACAUAACACAUAAAAGCAUCCAAACAAGGGGAGAUUGAUCACGUGACUAAACGGAACAGCUGCUGCCUCUGAUGUUUGCCCUCCGUGUGCUGAAUAGUAAACACAGGUGACAUUGAGUCCCAGUUCACGUCCUUCAUUGAUACUUAUGUCGUUUCCUUUAUGCCGCUGUUUGUGUGGAAGGAAUUUGCAACAGAAAAAGUUGUCUGUGACUCCAUCAGGUAACAACUAAAAUCCACACGGAGGUCUACUGAAUGGAGCGCAGGAGGAUUAGUGCCUGUUUCAUUUACCAGUCAUCUUUAUGUCUCUCCCGUGAGUAAUUAUCUGUUUGCACUUUGUCUUUUUUUUUUUUUUUUGCUUCGUUUUUGAUAAUCAUUUUCAGCACUUUUGGGACGCUAUAGACAAGCUGCAGUUCCUGAUCUCCACCACUAGAUGGGGCCAGCGGUCAGCCUGAUGUCCUCAUUCUGUAAAAUUACGUUUGAGUUUCAUUCAUAUUAUUUAUUUUUCAUUCUCGACAUAACAGUGUCCAUUGAUUGGUGAGCUGUCAUGGAUUGCUAAGGUCUUGUAUGAGUGUGCAUGCGUACUUACGUACUGGAACUGAGCACAGCAACAAAUCUGCCUUAGCGCUCAGAGUAUUUAAAAAAAAUGGUGAAACCGCUCUACAACAGAUUUUGUUGAGAUAUUAUUCAUUAUCAGUGCCAUUUGAUUGUUAUUCUUUCUAUGUGAACCUAUGUGUCAAAUAUAUAUUUUUUUGUUAAUCUUUGUUUUCUUAUUGCUCUCAGAGAGAGAUGAUAUUUUUGCACUAGUGGAAAUUUAUUUUCACCUUACUUCAGAGGGGGAAGCCAGACGAGACAGAAACACAUGUAACACAGGGACACUACGUGUUCUCAUAUGAAACUGCUGCGAGGGGACCAUGCUGCUGAUGUCACAUGUGUAUCUGAAUGUUACUGGGUGUGAAUGUCAUCAAGAAGGCAGUCGAUGAAAAGGUCUUUGUAGACUGAGUCAGAAUACCAAAUCAGAAGGAGCUGCAUAUAUCUAGAUGAGAAAUCUUGAGUGGAAACAUUGACCAAAGUGUCUGGGGAACUGUCGCAUUUAGCCUGCUGGAAGUGCUCGUAAUGGAAAUGUGGUGGCUGUAUAAAUAAUUAUAGUACAUAUGGAUUGUAGAGAUUUGACUUACCUUUUAAAGUGAUAAGUCGCAGUAGUUACACAACCUACGAUUUCAAACAGCAUUUCUCAGAUGUAGUGGGAUCUAACUAUACAGGGAGUUUUGUUAAUUAGCUAGAUCUGUUUCUAGACUUUCUGCUCUCCUCAACACAGAAAACAUGAAUGAGAUUUCCUUUUGUAACACCCAUACGCAGAUCCUGCUGCAAAUCUCAGACCAUUUCCUGCUGCUCGGGGUAAUUGGGAACAUAUUAGCCGGUAGAGAAACACAGUUUGCAGGGGAGCUGUCGAAAAAAAGAAAAAAGAAAAAUCAAUUAUUACAAAAGAAGUGAGUGAUUGAAGAUGUGUGUUAAGAUUCUUAUUUCAAACAAGGCAAAUUCUUCAUUUUAACAGAUAAUCACAGGACAGGUAAAAAGGGACUAUUUGUCUUCUGGGAAGAGAAGUUUCUGUAAAGUGAUUUAAAGGAGCAUUUUUCAAUGCUUCUGUAUUUACAAUGACAGUGUAACGUGGAAGUAUGAAUGAGGCUGAAAUUAACUUUGCAAUAUUCCUAGAUCUACUGAGUGUUUUAGCAUCAGUGCACAUUGUUUUGGUUUUUACGCACGCAGCCUUCGUUUUGUUUCAUUGUCACUGAUCUCGUUAGUAUCAUUCACAGAAGCAGCGGGCAGCUCCGUCAGGACAGCAGAUCUAAGAAUGCCCUGAACACCAACUACGUAGCAACAGAUGAAUCAGAUUAAAUCAGUAAAUUAAACCAGUGGAGCCACCAAAGAUCCCCCUCCGUAGCUGGAGACGAAACCAGAAACAAAUUAACAUUGAACCUCAGCUCAGUGGCUACAGCAUAUGAAGUUGUCAGAAAACAGCAGCUUUAAGAAACAAAGUUCAGAUUUGCUCCAUUGUAUUCAAGUAGAAGUGAUCAUCUUAAAACCUGCACAGGACAGUAGUUUGCAUGUCUGUGGACCGUUUCAGUUAACAGCAGAUUUAACGUUUGGCAUUUUGGGGGCACAAAGCAAUUCAAAAAAGACUAAAUCCUGAAUAAGCGAGUUAGUGACCAAAGGGCCAUGUUUGGUACUGCCAAAAAACUGUUCCCCUAUCGUUUCAUCCCGUGGUCUGACCCGCCCCGGCCCGAGAUGUGUCCGCUCCUCAGUGACUUAAUCCGGCCAGAGCCCCGGAGACGGUACAGUUGGACUGCUUUAAUCAAGCCAUAUUGAAAUUAGAUGUUUCGUUGUUGGACCCCGCGUCAUAGCAUUACAGCUGGUGUGAUGUAAAUAUUGUGCAACAUUGUACCAUAUUGUGUGUAGAGCUGACUGACUGAUCAAACUACCUACGGCUGUGCAGUCCUAAAGGUGGACCCACUGGACUAUUUCAAUAAAGAAUAUCUGUGACAGUUUUGAA